AUGGAAGCCACGUCGGAUUCGGAUUGUUCCGAUGUUGACAGCGAGCAAGACCAGGAACACGAUGAGGACACCCGGGAGCCUACGUCAUGGACGGGCAUAUCCUACCAAGGAGACGACAGUGAGAAGUAUUUGGUGGGAGCGGACUUGAUGUCCGAAAACCUUAGCAACGCUUCUGACCACAUCGCUGUCCACAUGAGUUUCACCAACAAGCCUUUGUUCCGCGCGUUCUUCUACUUCUAUUGCCUCUUAGUUGUGGUCCAGCCGGACGUUUUGGUCCCGAAGGAAACCUGGGAUCGCGUGGAGUCUGGGCUAGAGCGCGCCCCGUCGCUGCAUCGAGCUAUUGUGUCGCACGCGCCCUUGUUGGGCAGGCAGCCUCGCCUGGGCGCGGCGCUCAGGUCGCGCGCGUGUUGUGCGGUCAGCAUCUAUCGACGCAUUUUCCGUUCGGCGCCGGCGACCGAGGCUCGCUUGGCUGCGUGGUUGUCGUGCGAUUGCAUGCUUCGAUACACGGGGACCUCCAAGUUCAUCGAGGAUACGGCGAUGCGGGAUCCACGCGCUGCUCUUCGGCAUCUCUGCGACGGCGUCACGCCGGACACGAGCGAGGCGGUUGCUGGUUUUUUCCGCGCACCUGUCCUCGGCAAACUGCAUCUGAUGUCGUCUGUCACUGGGUGGUUCGACAGACGCGGCGGCAGGCGGCGCACGUACCCGCGCAGCUUCGGUGUUCCGAUUGUUUGCAAUUUCCGGAUCAUGGACCACCUGUUGCACGCUCUGCCAGGAUGGAUAGCUUCCUGCCUCGCCAUCGCGGGCCAGCUGAGCAGUUUGAACAGAGUCGUGAAGAUGGCGCGGGCUGGCGAGGACGACCCCGGGCUGGUGAAGCGAGCUUUCGCGGUGACGGAAGCGCUCGUGCUCAGUUUGCUUACGCUGGUCUUACUGGGUCGCCCCGCCGUGUCACCGUCGCUGCCGUUUGCGUCCAGGGUGCACUGCUACCCGCUGAAGUUCAUGCUCUCGGACAUAUUCUUGUUGGUCGGGUGCGCCGUGUGCAGCCGCGCGGGCAGGCCCGCCGAUGCGGCGGGCAUGCCCGACGGUUCCCCCCUUGCCGUGGAGACGGCGCUGCCGAAGCUCCGGCAGCUCAACGAGUGCAUCAAUGAAUACUUCGGCAGUUCCUUCUGCUUGUAUCGAGCGGCCUUCGGCCCAUCCCGCCGCCGCGACCGGCGCCUGCCUUGCACGUGGCGCUUGUUCUUGACGCGCGCGCGGUCCAAGUCUAAGGUGCCGCCAGAUGCGCUCGCGGACUGCGAGUGGAGGUCGAGGUGCCGCGUGCUCGCGGAGGCCACGAUGGCGGCCGAGGCAGCGCUGAUGACCAACAUGUUCGGCUGGCUGGCGCGGCACGGCCUCUUUAGCGAGUAUGAGUCGCACCCGGGCGUGGGCCCGCUGAUGCCGCGCAUCAAGCUUGCCGUGGCGGCCCUGGUUGCGGGCGGGGUGCUCAAAGAGGCGCCCGGCGCGGACCAGGGUUUCGUGGAGGUGGGCUAUCUCGAGCAGUCCGAGGAGCAAGCGGCCUUUCGCCACAGCCUCGGCGUCUCGGUAGAGGCGCGGCCGCUGCCGCCGCCCGAGGUGGGCCCGCCCGCGAGCCAAGCCGCUCGGCCGAAGCGGGGGCCGAGAGCACCGGCGCACCCGCGCAAGGCGCGGGCGCCUCGGGCGGCCCUGCCAGAGCUCGGUCCGCGCGACGCGGCGGCGCUGGACGCUGCGCUGGCCCGGCGGGGCUCCGCCCGCUCAGGGCUCGCUGGCAAACUUCGAGGCGAGGAGGUGGUCGUCCUCGACGCCUUCGUGUGCCGCGGCCGCCUUCGGUGCGACGUGGCCCCCGUAGUCCAGGGCUCUGGGGCGGGCCCCGCUGGCGGCGCGCACGUGCUCAGGACGAGUUUGCGGCGUGGUUUGGCCACGUGUGCCGGCUCUGAUCUCGCGGACGUGCAGCAUCGGUGGCGCUGCGUGUCGAUCGUCCGCGGGGUUCCAUGGAUGGCGCGCGUGCCCGAGAGCGCGCCGGAUGGCGGACGCGCAGCAUCGGUGGCGCCGCGCGCUCUCGUGGAAGACGCGCAGAUGUUGCAGUCUUUCCGCCGCGCCCUCGCCGGCAUGAACGUCGCGGCGCCCGCGUGCCAGCGGCCCGCGGCGCCGGCCCUCGUGACCCCGAAGGCCGCCGACGAUCGCGCCCGGCAAUUCCAGCACCGGGUCGCGCGUCAGCAGGGGGAGGCCGCGCUGCAGCCGAGCGGGGAAUGCAGGCGCGGGAGCUACGUUUGGGACUUCCCAUGGCCGGUGCAGCUGGAUCGCCAGAGGUGGGUAUGCUUCACGUGCAGGGCUGUCCACGAACAUGGGCGUUGCCCGCAGGCGUCGUGCGGCGGGCGCGGCGACGACGUCGGGCAUCGCCGUUAUUUCCCAGCGACCGACGAGGACGCGGUGCGCGUCGCCCCUGACGCGAUCGUCAUCCGCGGCAACGCGGCGGAGGGCGGGCAGAAGGAGGGCCGCUGUUACGUGACUGGGAGGUUCCUGGCGAGAUUCCUCUUCUGCCUGAAUGACACGCUGAACUUCCGCGAGUGCCGUCGGCAGCUGCUCGGGGAGCACGUCGCCGUCGCGCGCGGUGCGGAGGCGGGCUUGAGCGACGCCGACGCGCGGGCCGUCCUCUUCAACAUCGCCUUCGCCCUCCCCAAGCGCAAGAUGUUGGGCAUGAUCGCCCUGCGCGCCUUCUCCGCCCCGAUUUCGCGGAGAGUGUCUGAGAUGCGGCGCCUGCGGAGUGCCUACAACGGCUCCGGGCUGCGCGUGGACGGCAACUUCAAGCUGGCGAAGAAGAUUUGGAGAGGUGCCGGCAAGGCCCGCCAGAAGCCCUUCAGUUGCGUGCUCGGCAUCUGCGGGACGGACGGAUCGCCCCUGCAGCCUGUCGCCCCCGUCCGCGGGGGGGCCUGGAUGGACAUCAAGCGCGUGCUGCAGCCUCUGCUCGCGGACAUCGUCUCUGCUCGCCAGGCCGCUGGCAUGUCCUUGGAGGACGCGUGCACUGCGUUCGUCAGCACCUACUCCUACAGCAAGCACUUCAAGAAGUACGCCGACGUGGUGGAUGAGGCGUGCCAGCUUGCCCGGGUGCGGACGGCUGGCGCCACUCCGCGCGGCCCACUCGCCGCGCGCGGCAUAGUCGCGCCUUCCGUCGGCGUGCUCGUGGCGGGCGAGCCGUUCCACGACGUCCUCAACGCGAGGAGGUGCGUGAACCCGCAGGCGAACGACAGCUCGGAUCCAGUCGGCUUCGCCGCGUCCGCCGCCCCUAGAUCUCGGCUGGAAGCGCUCGCGCAGGAUCCAGACGGCGCGCGCGAUUUGCGCGCGUUCCUCUCGUCGCCAGGGGUUCUCCGCGCGAAAGGCGUCUGGAAGAGCGCGUUCGGCGCGCAGCCGCCGCGCCCCGUGCUCGCGCGGGAGGUGCGCGGCCGCAGAUGCGUCUUCAAUUCGAAGCUGCGGCGGCAUUGCAGCCGCCUUCUCAAGUCGCGACGCUUGAGCGGCUUGCUUGCGUGGCAAGAGUGCGCCGAGGGCUUGCGGGCCGCCGGCGUGGACCCUCGAUCCGGCACCGUCCCAGUCGAACAGUCUUGGGCCAUCGCUGCUUCGCACUGUUCGGCGUUGCCCGCGUGGGUCGACGAUGACGUCAUGUAUUUCCAGCAGAGCGAACGCGCCCGUCUCAUGCUCGAGCCCGAGACAGCUCUGCGGCUGGAGCAAGAGUUGGCGGACGCCGCUCGCCAGAUCCCUUGCCCCAGCUGCAAGCCACCAGCCCGCGUGGCACUUGCGUAUCGUGGCCACUAUCACCGCCAGGUUUGGUCCAAGCACGGGGCGAAGAAUGGCAGGCUCAUCUGCUCAGACUUUUUCUCCAACGUUGACACCCAUAGGGAGAUGCUUGUGGGGCCUUUGGAGGCAGCUGGGGCCAUCGUGAAGACCUACUUCCACACCUACCAAAGUGAGGACGACGCUCUCCUCAGCCAGCAGCGCGACGAUCGCCUCGUGCGCGUGCUGCGUCCGGACAAGAAGUCCAUCGACGCUGUCGUAUUGACCCGCUUCGACCUCAAGCUUAGGGAACCAAUAACUUUGGCAAAUGUGAGGUGGAACGUCACGAAUGCUGCUCACAAGGAGGGCGAGGAUUCUUGGAAACGGGAAAAAAGGCUAUCUGACUUGUUCUUCAUUCUGCCCAUCGAGCACGUCGAGGCUUUCAUACAG